UGUUUCUCCCUAGCUAAUUUCAACUCGUAAUUCCAUUCUCAUUAACAAACGAAAAAAACAAAAAUUCUACUAAAUUCAAAGUGUCCCAGACUCCAAGUAAUCUUUUCAUUCCGUCAUUUCCAAUUCGUUAAGAGGACAUUGUAAUUGCGGGAACCGACACAACCUCGACUGCUUUUGAAUGGACAAUGGCGGAGCUGAUGCUACACCCAGAAGCGAUGAAGAAAGUGCAGGAAGAAUUAACAGAAGUGAUUGGCGCUAACAAUAUUUUUGAAGAAUACCACAUUUACAAAUUGCCUCAUUUGCAAGCAGUUGUAAAGGAAGCAUUAAGACUACAUCCAUCAGCUCCACUGCUGGUACCCCGUUGCCCGACCCAAACUUGCACUGUGGGCGGCUAUACUAUACCCAAAGGUGCUAAGGUUUUUUUGAAUGCUUGGGCUAUGCAUAGGGAUCCUCAAUUUUGGAGCAAUCCUUUUGAGUUUCAUGGGGAUGCUAAUAACUUGGAUUAUUCAGGGAAAAAUUUUCGUUAUAUUCCGUUUGGGUCUGGUAGCCGAACAUGCGCAGGGCUUCGCUCGGGGGAGAGGAUGUUAAUGUACAUAUUGGCUACUUUCUUCCAUAUGUUCGAGUGGAAAAUGCCAGAUGGUGAAAAACCGGAUACUACGGAAAAAUUUGGGAUUGUGUUGGAGAAAUUAACACCGCUAAUUGUUAUUACAGCGCCUAGAUUGUACAACUUAGAGCUCUAUGAAUAG